AUGUCCGGAACAGAUGACUUUGAGCAGACCUAUGUUUCUGACAGUUCAUCUGGUUCCUCUACUUCCAGGACGAGACGUGGCUCUACAUCGCCCAGGCCCUUGCCGCCGCAUCAAUGGCAACAGAGCAUCUGGGACAUUUUGAUUUUGGAAGGAAGGCCUGACACGGAUAGCGACAAUGCUCCUGUCAUUUUUCUUUCUUCCUACUAUCUUGAUCAUGUUCGACAUCGGCAUCAUUACCAAGCACGACCGCUUCGGUUCUCGCUCGAUUUCAACAAUUGGGAGGAUGACAUCAGAUUCAUGUGGGAGGACCACAUCGACCCUGACCUCAGUAUUGAGGUGAGUUUGGUUCAGCCUCAACCUCCUGCAAUCAUCAAUGGGAACAUCUUUGGCACGCUGAUUGUUCACCAAAAUCCUCAUGAACCACAAGUUGCAUGUCUCAUUUCGGCAGUCAUCAUCUCUGACCCGAACACCAGGGUACAAGAGUCAGCCCACUCGGUCGGGCCUUUUCUGCCUCCUGAGCAAGCUCUUCAACUUGGUGGAGUCGAUGAACUAUGUGAUCUUCGAGAACAAGUAGGUUCCGAUGCAUGCUCUCUUCACAUUGGAUUCCGUCUUCUCCCACGUGAUCAACCAAUUCCAAUUCACGAUGGACUUGGCAUUACCAUUCGAGUUCCCUCACCUAUGAGCGUUGAGGAGGACGAGCACAACCUUGCUGUACGCAUUCACCAUCAACAUGCGCAACAACCUUUGCAUGGAUGGCGACGAGAAGGAGAUCAUCAAGAACAGCCUGAGACGAGACAUCCCACAGGUGAUACUGCUCCACCUGAGUACCCUGAAGAUGUGACCUCUUUCAUGGCAAGAUCGUUUUCCAGUUCAGCCUAUCGGCAAGGCAGUACAAGAGGGCCUUCCACAUCCUCGAGUUCUUCACGCACCAGCACUCUUGGCUUGGAUGAAACUCGAAGAGCCCUUGUUUUCUGCCUGGAUGGACGCAGUAUCAACAUCGAUGCACCUUGGGACGAUGCUGAUAGGCUUUGGCAUGUUUGCUCACAAGCCUUGGACAUUGCUGAAAGAGACAUCAUGCGUGUCCUUCAUGUUGACUACAGGCCAGAUGACAUUGCCCAAGAUGAGCUGGAAUGUCUUCUUUUGUUGAAACGACAAGAAGAACCACCUGUCAGCUUUCUCCGUUUGUGUCUUCAAGACGUGAACUAUGCAGCUGAUCGACGUGGGCCACGAACUUUGAUCUCUCGCAAAUCCACAUUGAUACCUCGUCGAAGCAACAGAGCCUCUAUCAUCAGGCUUGCGGGCUUUGAAGGGCACUGUUUUCAUGAGCCUUGGCGAUGCCAUGUGUGGAUCAAUGGCAAUCUUUUCUCCGAUGAGAUCGAGGUCAUUGAACUCAACAAUGGUGACUAUGUCCGCAUCGAUAUCCCCUCUCAUCCUGAAGAUCCUGAACAGCCUUGUGCAGCUACAUCUACUGCAUCGGAUGGCCAGCUUCAGGACUACAACAACACAUCAUUACAGACCCAUGCCUCUGAUUUUGAUGACAUGAGCUACAUGCAAAUUGGCAGUCUUCCAACGGGUCAGAAAUGCAAGCUCGACAACAACAGUGUGGUUGGUGGACCUGAGUUCGCCGUCCCUUUUGAAGCUCCUGAACCACAGGGUCGCCCUGAAAUACUUCUUGGCGAACAUAUUGAAUGCAUGGACGCACUGCAUCGUUUUUGGUGGCUUCAUUCCGCUGUUGAGAUCGAAGAGGAAGGCCGUGUCCUCUAUGUUUCUACGUGGUACACUGAUGGCACGAGAUGGCCUUCAUGCGAAGCUUCAAGACCUGUUCGCCUUCUGAACGACCCUGGAAUCUGGGCUGAUCGCCUUGCUGAAGCUUGGGAUGACAAAGUUGACCCUGAUUGCCCAUUGCAUUUGUAUCUCCUCACUCCACAACCGAGAUCCAAUUUGUGGUCUCCUAUUGGGACACCACAUGUGCUCAUUGUUCAGAACCCCCUUCCUGAUCAUCGCAGCGUUCACAUUGCUACGCUUGAUCCUCGCAAUGCUGCUUUGGAAAUUCCGAGUUGCAUUCGAACAGUUCCCGCAGCGUUGACGCGGAUUGACUUGCUCACAGCGGUGGAUCUUCAACACGCAUGUCUUCCUGGACAUGUUGAUUGCAUGAUCUGGUGGGGAGAACAUGAAUUUCGUGAUGGACAUGUUUUCCCUGUUCGACAUGGUUUUGCGUUUCUCAUCAUUCGCAAUCACAUUGCAGCUGCGGCCAGCUCCUCUCAACAUGUUCCUGUUCCACCUCUUGAAGAUGGAGCUGAUGAUGGGGAGGCGCUUGCACUUUUACAAACCAAGCGGAGUCUGAAGCGCAUUGAGCUUUCCCUUGACUCCUUGAUUGCAGAUGAAAACAGUCAGCAACACGAACAGAUUGUUCCCAUUCGCCUCAUUGCUGGAGCUGCCAUGCCCCCUCUGCCCACAUACCUUGAAUGUGAAUUCCCAGGCAAUGUGCUUCAAAUCAAAGCUGCACUGAAACACUGGGGACAUCAAUGUGAUGUGCAUCGCUUUGAUCAACAUGAAGUUGCUCUUUGUUUGCCACAAGGAUGGGUAGCAGAACCUUCUCACUGCCACUACAUGUUCAGCCACUCUGAUGUCACGGACACCUUGGGGGCUUUUCUUCACACUGCUGAGAACGUCAUGAGCGACAAUGACAUGAUGCGUUUUCUCUAUGGACUAGGCUAUUGGAGAGCUGUGAUCCUGUCGUGUGAAGAACUGAGUGGUGGCCUUCGACAUGUUGUCUUUGAGAAUGUGUCCGUGCAGCUCCCAGUGACUGAGAUCAAAACAAAAACUACACCGAGUUGGCCUCCUCCACUUACGACUUCUCCAUCCACGGGGUGCACCUUUGUUGCUCCUGAUAUUGUUGCUGAUGAUGACUGCGUGAUUCGAUAUGGCAUCUCUUUACAAGAUGUUCACGACUUCUUUCAAUCAGCUGAUGGCAUCCUGCAGCGUGAUCCUGCAGGUUAUGACUUUCCAUCGACCACGCAGGCAGCCUUACGCAUGAGUUCAUCAGUCAAUCUGGAUGAUUUCGACCGGAUUAUCAUCUACACUGACGGCUCUUCUCAUGCUCUGGACAAGCACAAGCCGGCAUUAUGGAAUGCAGAACAAGGCAGGGCCGACACCUGGGCUUUCACUGUCUUGGGUGAGUGCUACCAAGGUGUUGAAGGGCACACAAUUGAAGUCCUGGGUUGGCUUGCACAUGAAGUUCAUUAUGAAGUUGACAGUCCGCAUCAUCUGGGUGCUGAAUCAAUGGGAUCGGACAUUGCUGAACGCGAAGCUCUGACAUGGGCAGGAUUGUGGCGGUUGGCACACAAUGUUGCCACACCCACCCUAUUCAGAACGGAUUCACAAAUUUCAGCAUUGCAGGCCAGUGGAUGCAUUGGAUGCCACGACAAUGGGCCAUCUUUCCAAUGUUUUCGAGGAGUUUUCCAAGCGUUGGAAACCGCCUUGCCUGGAGACCUUCUCCAAAUUGAGCACAUCCCUGGCCAUACCCAAGAGCCUUUCAAUGACAUGGUGGACUGGUUGGCAAAGAAGGAAAGAGAGAAGAGUUUCUACUGCCAACGUCAGAAGAUCUCCCUGACUACCUGGCGUAGAAUCCUUCCGCAUUUCUGGACUUUCUUCAGUGUUGCUGAUGGCUUGCCGCCGAGAUGCACUGCAGGGCUCCAUGCUUAUGCACCCUUUCUGCCACCAGCUCUCAAGCCUUCCCAGUUUGAUGUGAAGACAAAUAACAAACCGAAACCUAUUUCACUGCAUUUGACCUUGAGUUUGUGCACUGCCAAUAUUGCUUCGAUGUACAAUGGACCUUGGGGCCAUGCAGGCAAAACUGAAUAUCUACGUCAGCAAUUUCUCUCCAUGCGUCUGCUCUUUCUGGGCAUUCAGGAGAGCCGCACUCCUGAAACUUUCAGCGCUGCGGAGAAGGUCCUGAGAAUUAGCUCUGGACAUGCACCUGGUGGCCUUUAUGGUGUCGAGCUUUGGGCGAAUUUCAAUGUUCCCUAUGGUCGUCUUGGUCAUCGAGAGCUUUUCUUCAAGCGCGCAGAUUUUCAGGUACUGCACAAGGACCCACGCACUUUGCUUGUCCGCGUUGAGACAGAAUUUGUUCACUUUGCUCUUCUUGUUGGCUAUGCUCCCCAGUCUGGACUUCCCAUUGCUGAACGGUGCGCCUGGUGGGACGCUCUACAACACAUUGCCUCCUUGAAAGCUCAAGAUGAACAACUUUUUGUUUUUCUCGAUGCCAACGCAGACCCUGGGCCAUGCGAUGACAAGCAUGUUCUGACUACUGGCUUCAAGCAGACUGCCAACACGGAAUUCUUGCGUACGCUUUGCAAGUUGGAGAGACGAAGAACCCUCAAGGAGCUCGAAUCUCGACGAAGAUUUGAACUCUUAUAUCUAUGUUUUUCUGCCUUUGUGAAUGCUUCUUCAGAGCAAGCCGGCCAUGCUUUUUGGAAGUAUGACACCUGGCUACUUUGUUGCAAGAUUCGAGUCUUUGGUGCUUUACACAAUGCAGCCAAGCUCCUGCGAGUUCAGCUCAAGGAGGCCAAGACGGCUCACUUGCAAACACUUUUUCAAGAGUUACCUCCGGAUGCCCCUGCGUCAAGGAUUCUGCAUGAAUUGAAGCAGGUGAUUGGAUCCACCAAUCUUCGCAAGGUGCAUCAGAAAGCCCUUCCCUUUAUUAGAAAUGAUCAAGGGCGGGUGUGUCGCAGCCCGACUGAAGCCUUGGACACAUGGGUACAGUUCUUCAUGCAGAUGGAGGGUGGCCAAAGACUUGCAUUAGAUCAACAGAGGCGGGAGUGGAUUGACAAUCUGACAUCCUUUCGAGUCCAUCAAGCCCGUGCAUUCUUACGAUCUCGUCGGCAACGUGGUCUCAACGUUGGCAUGGUGUUUUUGGACCUAUGUGAAGCUUUCUAUCGCAUUGUCAGAGAGCUGUCAAUUGGGGGACCUGCAUGCGAUGAAACCAUUGCCAACAUGGGUCAUCGACUUGGGAUGGGCACUGAUCUUUUGCAUGCCUUGUACCGACACCUUGAUGAUGACCAUGCACUUGCUCGUGCAGGUUUUUCUCAGCAGAUGCAGAUGAUGGUGCGGUCAUUGCAUGCAGACACGCAUUUUUCCCUUCAAGGACAAGAUGAUCGCUGCAAGACUCGUCUAGGGACUCGUCCUGGUGACAGCUGGGCUGAUAUCAUCUUUAGUUUCUUGUGGGCCCGUCUUCUACAUGACCUUGAGGAUGAAUUUCAAGCAGCAGGCCUCAUUGACAAUGUGCCGGCAGAGCUGGGGCUACGCAGUUCUUUGCUCCCAUGCACCACUGACGCUCCACCUUGUAUGACGACCAUUGGAUUUAUUGGUCCUACAUGGAUGGACGACAGUGUUUUCUGCUUUGCUGAUUCUCAUGCUGAUGCUUUGGAAAGGAAAGCCGCUCAUCUUUGCGGGCUGCUGCUCCAGAAGUGCCGAGAAUUCGCAAUGACGCCCAACCUCAAUCCCGGCAAAACAGCUGCAAUGUUAGUUUUCCAGGGACCGGGCUCCGUUGCUGCCAAAAAACGCAUUUUCGGACCCAGUGCCCCAAAGUUGCUGACCAUUCUCACAGAAUAUGAUGCGCAGCAAGUUCAGGUUGUUACAACCUAUACACAUCUGGGAUGCCUCUUGCACCACAAAGGUGAUAUGAGGCAAGAGGCCCGAAGGAGAUUCAGCAUCGCACAGACAGCCUUCCAGCAGCACCGUCGGUUGCUCUACCAGAACAAGCAGUUGUCUCUGCGCAGGCGUGCUGAGAUUUUCAGGACACUAAUCCUCAGCAAAUUUGUUUAUGGAUGUGAGUCGUGGACACUGGCUGAUGCUCGCACUCGCCAUUUUGUUCACACUUCCCUGAUCAAGCUCUACAAGCGGCUCAUCCAUCGAGCGCAUGACGUGCACAUGACUGAUGAUGAGAUCCUGAGAGCCACUGGUCUUCCUGAUCCAUCGACUCUUUUGCGCAUGCAGCGCUUGAGGCACUUUGGUGCUCUGUACGCUACUGCGGAUUCCGCUGCCUGGGGAGUUCUCAAUGCUGAUACAGAAUGGGUUUCCCUGAUUUGCAGACACCUUCUGCGUGCCGAGUUUUGUCGCCGUAGUCUUCAACGCAAGGGCAUUCAUGUGACACCUGUCCCAGGCAUUGGUUCGAUUUCCAAUGUUUCGUUGGAACGUGCACAUGACUGUGUUCUCCCUCCACUUCAAGCUGCAGGCCCUCUUCCUGCUCCCGGACGCAGAGCUGAGCAUGAUGAUUACGAUCUCACCCUCUUCGAGGAGCUCUACCUGCUCAUGUUGGACAUGCAGGGCGCGGAUGUGGGGUUGGAGAAGCUCAAGAAGUGCAUUCAGAGCCGAGCUAUCACAUGGGAGAAACUCAGAUUGACUCUGCAUGCAUUGCGUGACGAAGCGACCGUUGAUGAUGUGGCUGCUUUGGCUAUUUCGUCCGAAACAUUCCAUGCACUUCUACGCCGCCUAGCGGAUCCCUGCACAUGGCCUUUCUUGACACAUGACAUUGUCGCUCUGGAAGGACACUGGAAUCGAGAUGUACAUGAUUUGGCUGCGUACUGCUGCCGUGAGGCAGACACAGAGUUCCGAGGCGUCACUGGAUUCACCACGGGGGGAGCAGUGCCGCCACCCGGACACCAGGUGCACCUGAGCUCCAAGGAAAGCCCGUUUCGCCUGAUGUGUGGUGAGAUAUGGUGA